CAUCCUUCCUCAUCUCUCCAGAGCGCACCUGCUUUUUGCGAUCACACACGGGCCUUUUAAUGUGUUUUCUCCCCAUCGGAAGGUGCACAGGUGCAUCCCACGGUUCGUACUCGCUCUCUGCUUAGUUGAUUAUGGUCACAACCCCCGUGGUGCCAAGGUGGAGUCACCGCGCGUAUCUCGGAUCGGUGCGCUUCUCCAGGGGCUGGGAUGCGCACCGGGCACCUCUCGCUUCCUGCCGAAUUUCGGGUCUGAGCAGGACUCAAGCGGUGCCCCAGGGCGCCGAGGCAGGAGGACCCAGUCCACCCGGAGCAGGAUGCCGGUGAUGCGAGGGCUUCUGGCCCCGCAAAACACCUUCCUGGACACCAUCGCCACCCGCUUCGAUGGCACCCACAGUAACUUUGUCCUGGGGAACGCCCAGGUGCAGUCUCUCUACCCCAUCGUCUACUGCUCCGAUGGCUUCUGUGAGCUCACGGGUUACGCCCGCGCCGAGCUUAUGCAAAAGAGCUGCGCGUGUCACUUCCUGUACGGCCCAGAAACAAGCGACCGGUUAACAGCCCAGAUCCAAGGAGCGCUGGACGAGAGGAAGGAGUUCAAGACGGAGCUGGUGUUCUACAAGAAGGAAGGAACACAGUUCUGGUGUCUUCUGGAUAUUGUUCCCAUUAAGAAUGAAAAGGGCGAGGUGGUUCUGUUCCUCGUGUCCCACAAAGACAUCACGGACAAGAAGAAGGACCAGGAUCCUGAGAAUGGACCCGAGACAGACGAGGAGACGGGUCUGGAGGUGCAUCAGGUAACUCGCCCUCCAGGCUUCAACGCCAACCGGCGCCGCAGCAGAGCUGUUCUCUAUCACCUGUCAGGACACCUGCAGAAACAAGACAAGAGCAAGCUGAAGAUCAACAAUAACAUGUUCGGGGAGAAGCCUCCGAUCCCAGAGUACAAGGUAGCAGCCAUCCAGAAGUCUCGCUUCAUCCUGCUGCACUACGGGACCUUCAAGGCCGGCUGGGAUUGGUUGAUUCUGCUGGCGACCUUCUACGUGGCCGUCACAGUGCCCUACAACGUGUGUUUCACGGUGGUGGGGGGGCGGGACGAAGGCAGCAGCACCGCCCCGCGAAGCCCGCCCAGCGUCAGCGACAUCCUCGUAGAGAUCCUGUUCAUUUUAGACAUUCUGCUGAACUUUCGAACCACUUUUGUGAGCACGUCCGGUCAGGUGGUGUACGACGCCCGCUCCAUCUGCGUUCACUACGUCACCACCUGGCUCUUCGUCGACCUCAUUGCCGCCCUGCCCUUUGACCUGCUGUAUGCUUUCAACGUCAGCGUGUACUUCGGGGUCCACCUGCUGAAGACGGUGCGGCUGCUGCGGCUGCUGCGGCUGCUGCAGAAACUGGAGCGCUACUCCCAGUACAGCGCUGUGGUUCUCACGCUGCUCAUGUCCAUGUUCGCCCUGCUGGCUCACUGGAUGGCCUGCGUCUGGUACUUCAUCGGCCGCAAGGAGAUUGAGAGUCCAGGCUCCUGGGAUAUCGGUUGGCUCCAUGAACUGGCGAAGCGUCUCGGGACGCCGUACUUCCUGCCUCCGCUGUCGUCCCUGGUCCCGGCCACCGUCAGCAGCCUCCCGGCCAACAGCAGCCAGUGGAACAUGUCGGGGUCAGAGGUCACGGGGCAGAGCUCCUGGAACUCUAGCCAGUUUAACGGAAACAUGUCCGGAGGCGAGGCCGUGCAGGGGCCGGGUGGCGCCGGGGCGGGAGGAGGAGGAGGCGCGUUCGCCGGCGUGCUGGGUGGCGGCCCGUCCAUGAGGAGCAGCUAUGUGACAUCACUGUACUUCGCCCUCAGCAGCCUCACCAGCGUCGGCUUCGGAAACGUGUCCGCCAACACCGACUCAGAGAAGAUCUUCUCCAUCUGCACCAUGCUCAUAGGAGCUCUGAUGCACGCCGUGGUGUUCGGUAACGUGACCGCCAUCAUCCAGAGGAUGUACUCUCGCCGCUCGCUCUACCACACCCGCACCAAGGACCUGAAGGACUUCAUCCGGGUCCACCGGCUGCCCAAAGCCCUGGAGCAGCGCAUGCUGGAGUGUUUCCAGACCACCUGGUCCGUCAACAACGGGAUCGACGUCAGCGAGCUCCUGAAGGACUUCCCGGACGAGCUGCGUGCCGACAUCGCCAUGCACCUGAACAAGGAGCUGCUGCAGCUGCCGCUGUUCGAGUCGGCCAGCCGAGGCUGCCUGCGCUCGCUCUCCCUCAUUAUCAAGACCUCCUUCUGCGCCCCGGGGGAGUUCCUCAUCCGGCAGGGUGACGCCCUGCAGGCCAUCUACUUCGUCUGCUCCGGCUCCAUGGAGGUCCUGAAGGACAACACUGUGCUGGCCAUACUGGGAAAAGGAGAUCUGAUCGGCUCCGACUCCCUGACCAAGGAGCAGGUGAUCAAGACCAACGCCAACGUGAAAGCCCUGACCUACUGCGACCUGCAGUACAUCAGCCUGAAGGGGCUCCGCGAGGUGCUCCGCCUCUACCCCGAGUACGCUCAGAAGUUCAUCAGCGAGAUCCAGCACGACCUCACGUACAACCUGAGGGAGGGCCACGGGGCCGAGGUGGACUGGGAGAGUAACGGCGGCCUGGUGAAGAAGCUGCCGUCCAUCCGUGAGGAUGAGGAGGGCGAUGAAGAGCAGAACUCUGUGUCCCGGGCCCCUCGGUCCCCGCUGCGCCUCAGCAGGGGGCUCAACUCGCCGCUACGCUCCCCGCUGCUGCCCCCCCGACCUUUCAGAGCGCCGUCUGAGCACGCCAGACCCACCACGCUGCAGAUCCCCGUGGUCAGCUUCAGCAGCGCACCGCCUGAACUCAGCCCCAGAUUCGUGGACGGCAUUGAAACAGAGAGCAACUCCAUGUCAUCACAGAAGUUUGAGUUCAGUCCCAGCAUGUCACCUGCAGCACCGCCCUCCCCUUACCCAGGGAUCCGGGAGCACUCUGAGAUCAAGCAGAGUGUCUCUAAACUAACUGAGGAGAUGACCAGCCUCUCUAAGCAGGUCUCUAAGCUCAGCCAGGAGCUGAAGGAGAUGACCCGCCUGCUGAAGCCCCUCCUCCAAACGCACCCGCAACCAAUCCUGAUGACCAUGAUGCCAAACUUGACCCCGCCCCCCAGCAGCGCCAGCCAGCUGUCGACCAGCGCGUGUCUGGUGCUGCCGGCGGGCGCCACCCCCUGUCCUCUGCAGAGACCGGACACUCGCUCCCUGUUGGACAGCGGGGACACGGAGGGUGUGGACUUGCCAGGAUGCCUUCUCCCGACUCCUCAUUCACCAAAACGGCCUCACUCAUCGGCACAGCUCCCGUCCAAACCGCCAGGGCCGAACAUCACAGGCCCCGCCCACUCCCACUCCCACGCCAGCCACGUGGAGGGACUUCCUGAGGGGUCCCCGGUCCUCCGAAGCGUCCACGUCUCCUCCAGUAACGGGAUAUAUUUGCCGUCCCUGCAGGACCAGCCUGCUCUCACCUCCCACACUCCUUCUCCCUCUCUGUCCUUCUCCAUGUCCCUCUGCUCCUCGCCGUCCCUCUCCCCCUGCCAAGGACCCCACCCGUCCCAGCCCGGCCUGCUGCCACCUCCUCCCUCCCAGGACACACCUCCUCCCGUGUCCUCUCACUGCUCAGCGCCGCCAUCGCUCACGUCCUCCCCAGGAAACCAUCGGCUGCGGCCGUCUCCGUCUGUCCCGUUCAUUUCCCCCGCCGUCCCCGUCCAGCACCCCUCCACCGCCUCCCUGCCCCUGUCUUUGGACUUUAUCAGUACCAGGAGAAGGCAGACAGACAUUCCCCCCUGGUGCAACUCACAGCUGCGCCGCGGGGACCCCAGACCCGUCCAGGAGCUGGAGAUGCAGGAGUGGGGACGCCAGGUGGUGGAGGAGAAGUCCUCCACGGAGCACAUCAGCUUUAUCGACGAAGAGGAGCCAGCGUUCUGAACGGGUCAGAGCUGAAACGACUAAAGAGUAGCAGAGAAUAAAAGAAACGGGAACAGUGCUGGUGUGCUGGUCCAUGUUUGUCAGGCUGGAGGUGGUGAAAGGACCGAGAGGUGGAGGAGGCCGAGACACAAAGCCAGCUGUCAGUGUGACGUUUCCACACUGAGCGACCACAGCACAGAUUGUCUUACACUACCAACACUUCAGUAGCGUCAGUCAGCCGACCCCCCAGCAGCUACUGGGACACUCACCGGACCAGAGCACAUGUUUCUAACCCGGCUCCAUUGAUUUCCAGGAGCCUGAUUUAGCUCUUUCCAGCUGACUGGUUAGACAACAUUGUUUUUUGAAGCCCAGUAUGGAUGUCUCCUCCUCUCCAGGAGGCAGGGACAAACACACUAAUCUCAGCGGGAAACACACGUGAAGCCAGAUAACGGAGUAGAGUAGAGCACUGGGAGCACUGGGAGCACUGGGAGCACUGGGAGCACUGGGACUGGGAAUGUAAACUCUUCAUCCAGCCUCAGUCACAUCAGGUCACCUCACCUGCAGAGCCAGUUGCUUCAUCGACGGGAUUAUUUUAAAUUUUAAAGUUCUGCCUCUGGGCUGGUGGAGGAAAACACUCAACUUUCAUCCAUCCAUCUCUUCAGAAUCACACACACAAACAUCAUUAUGUUUUCAGGAAAAAAAAACCCCAUUGAAAUAUGUUAAAAUUGGUUUUAACUGUUAAGGUGAGACACCUGCGGACAAAAACUAUUUUUCACACAACUGUAAAUUUUGAGAUUUUCCUUUUUUUUUUAAGGCUGCAACAAUUGAUUAUUCCCAUCGUCAGUUUUUUAUUCAUAAAAUCUUAUAAAUUGGUAAAAAAAAAAAAAAAAAAUAUUGAUUCUCAAAGCCUAAAUUAUUCACAUUUGAGAAGCUCUAAUUAAAUAAUUUUGGUUUAGGUAAAUUUGAAACAUUACCUAAUUUCUGAGAACAUUACCCAAACGAAAUAUAUAACAAAAUAAUUGACUAUUUAUUUAUUGGUUGGCAGCUGAUCCAUCGCGACAAAGAAAUCAUAGUUGUAAUUU